AUGGUUCAAAAUCCAGCCCAAAAGGAUACAACUCUUCAAGAAGUGCGGCACUUGUUUUAUAGUUUAAAAAACAUGUACUCUGGGCUCGAAACAGAAUAUUGCAGAUUUAAAAGUUUUAUAGAAUGUAGUGCUUACAUUAAACCUGAAGCUUUUAUUGUAGGUCAUUCUUUAAAUUCAAAACAUUUACAUGGAUCUGUGUCCAUGGAGUCAACUGAUCUUUAUGGUCAAUUUAUUCCCAUGCGUUCAGUAUUACGUGCAUUUUUGGAAUUACCAGGUGUCUUUAAUAAAAUUUUAUCGUAUACGAAUAAACUAGAAAGAUCGGAUGGCUCUAUCAUUGAAAAUUUAAUUCAAGCAAAACUAUGGAAAGAAAAAAUCAAACCCAGGUUUCUUGAUAAACUUGUACUUCCUAUUGGAUGCUACUAUGAUGAGUUUGAACUCGGAGAUAGUUGCUCUCCUCAUAACAAUGUUAAUAAGAUAAGUGGUUUGUACUAUUUUUUACCUUGUCUACCACCUGAAGGCAGACCUGCUUUAGAAAAUAUUUUCACAGCUCAAAUUGUGUAUGCACAAGAUAAAUAUUUUGGAAAUAGUGAAUUAUUUCGUCGCACUCUACAUGAAUUGCAGUAUCUUGAAACUGAAGGAAUUACUGUGAUAAUAGAUGGCACAGAAACUCAAGUUCAUUUUGCGCUUGCUGUAUUUUUAGGUGAUAAUGAAGGUAUUCAUAAUGUCUUGGGAUUUACUACUUCCUUCAAUGCAAACUAUUGUUGUCGAAGAUGCAAAGUUCACAAAACUAUGGCUCAUGCUCAAACUAAAGCUAAUCCAUUUCUUCUGAGGAAUCGACAAAAUUAUGCUGCAGAUAUUGCCAUAAAUGACGUCAGCAACACAAGUAUAAAAUCUUAUUAUAUAUGGAAUGAUCUUUUGGCGUUCCACUGUACUGAAAAUGUUGCCUAUGACUUAAUGCAUGAUCUCGAUGAAGGAUCAUGGAAUUAUGAUAUGUGUUUAUUGAUUCUGAAAUUAAUUCAACUAAAACGCUUCACUAUUGAUGAGUUAAAUAAUAGGAUUCAGGGAUUUGAUUACGGCUAUUGUGAGGCAUCAAACAGGCCAGCUGCUGAGAUACUGUGUUUUGUGAGGUACUUUGGUCUUAUGAUUGAAGAUUACAUUACAGCUGAAGAUAAGCAACUGUGGCUUUUUUAUGAAGUCAUUGUUGAAAUUGUCAACAUUCUACUUUCUCCAAUUGUACGACAUAAUGAUAAGAUAUUUCUUAAAGGCUUAAUAACUGAACAUCAUUCUUUAUAUUUGAAGUUGUUUCCUAAUGAGAUUUUAAAACCGAAACAUCACAAUAUGCUUCAGUAUGAUGAAUGUUGUGAAGAAAUCGGGCCUUUAUUGUUUAUGUUAUGCUGGCGGUUUGAGGCAAAACAUAGAUCAUCCAUACGAUACGCUGCUGCUAAUUGUUGCAACAAAAACUUGCCUGAGACAUUAGCUCAAAAAGCUCAAUUGAAAUUUUGUCAUCGUCUUCUUGCUCAAAAGGGUUUGGAAUCCAAAAUUAUAGUAUCAUCUGGAAAAAUCAUUCGUACUAAUAGAGUUGAGAGAAAAUUUUAA